AUGCCACCAAAGAAGCAAGUCGAAGAAAAGAAGGUCUUAUUAGGUCGUCCAGGUAAUAACUUGAAGGCUGGUAUUGUUGGUUUGGCCAACGUCGGUAAGUCUACCUUCUUCCAAGCUAUUACCAGAUGUCCAUUGGGUAACCCAGCUAACUACCCAUUCGCAACUAUUGACCCAGAAGAAGCUAGAGUUAUUGUUCCUUCUCCUAGAUUCGAGGAAUUAAGUGAAAUCUACAAACCAGCUUCCAAGGUUCCAGCUCAUUUGACUGUCUACGAUAUUGCAGGUUUGACUAAAGGUGCUUCCGCCGGUGAAGGUUUGGGUAACGCCUUUUUGUCCCACAUCAGAGCUGUCGACUCCAUUUACCAAGUCGUUCGUUGUUUCGAUGACGCUGAAAUUAUUCACAUUGAAGGUGACGUUGAUCCAGUCCGUGAUUUGGAUAUCAUCAACACUGAAUUGAGAUUGAAGGAUAUCGAAUUCGCUGAAAAGCACUUGGAAAAUAUCGAAAAGAUCACUAGAAGAGGUGGACAAUCUUUGGAAGUCAAGCAAAAGAAGGAAGAAGCUCAAUUGGUUGAAAGAAUUAUCGAACUAUUGAAAUCUGGCCAAAGAGUUGCUAACCAAUCCUGGACUCCAAAGGAAGUUGAAGUUAUUAACUCUAUGUUCUUAUUGACUGCUAAGCCAUCUAUCUACUUAAUCAACUUGUCUGAAAGAGACUACAUCAGAAAGAAGAAUAAGCACUUGUUGAAGAUCAAGGAAUGGGUUGACAAGUACUCUCCUGGUGAUUUAAUUAUUCCAUUCUCCGUUUGUUUGGAAGAAAGACUAUCCCAUAUGUCUGAAGAAGAAGCUCAAGAAGAACUAAAGAACUUGGGUGUCCAAUCUGCCCUUCCAAAGAUCAUCACGACCAUGAGAGAGAAGUUAGAUUUGAUCUCUUUCUUCACUUGUGGUCCAGAUGAAGUUAGAGAAUGGACUAUCAGAAGAGGUACCAAAGCUCCUCAGGCUGCUGGUGUCAUUCACAACGAUUUAAUGAACACUUUCAUCUUGGCUCAAGUUAUGAAAUAUGAAGACGUGGUUGAAUACAAGGAUGACAAUGCUAUCAAGGCUGCUGGUAAAUUGCUACAGAAGGGUAAAGAAUAUGUUGUUGAAGAUGGUGAUAUCAUAUACUUCAGAGCCGGUGCUGGUAAGAAUUAA